AUGAGGCCGUCCAUUCCUCGUUUGUCCGCCUUGUUUCGCAAGAAACCCUUUCCCAUACCUUCUCCCGGGCCAUCGCUACCGCCCAGCAUACCCGUGGAUGAAGAGAUCUCGCCAGUGUACAAUUCCAAGAAUUUCUACCCAGCGAAGCCUGGAGAGGUCUUCGCCGAUCGCUACCAAAUACUAGUCAAGGUUGGCUGGGGCGCGUCUUCAACAGUAUGGCUCGCGCGUGAAUUGCAAGGGCAUGUCGACGAGCCAGAGAGCGUCGUGGCGCUUAAAAUCGCCAAUAACAAUGCCAGCUCUGCUAGUCAUGAGCGCGAGAUUGAAGAGCUUAUUUCCACGGCAGACCCAUCACAUCGCGGUUGCUCAGUUAUACGGACAUUGUUAGACUCUUUUGAAGUUCAAGGCCCAGAAGGCUGUCAUUCGUGUCUUGUGUAUGAGACUAUGAGGGAGUCAUUGUCGAUGUAUCGGCGGCGCUUUGUUGAUAAACAGAUACCACUGCCCCUUGUUAAGAUGUAUCUUCGGGUUCUUCUUACGGGGCUUGAUUAUCUUCAUAAAGAUUGCAGAAUAGUACAUACCGAUCUGAAGCUUGACAACAUCAUGGUUUCAAUCGAGGAUCCAGCCGUUCUUGCUGACUUCAUGAAUUCUCAGCUUGAGAAUCCGAUGGCUUUCAAGACUGAUUCUACAGGAAGAUCAGUCUAUCAGUCCUGCAGUAACUUCGGACCGCUGAAAAGCCUGAGAAGUAUCCCACAACUUGUCGACUUCGACUCGGCAGCCAGACUCGAGGAAGACAAUGACUAUGGCAUCUUGCCUAUCCAGCCAGACCACUAUCGGGCGCCGGAGGUUAUAUUGGGUAAUGGAUGGCAAAUGCCUGCGGAUAUCUGGAAUCUUGGUGUUCUGUUGUGGGAUAUGGUCGAAGGCAAAGAGUUAUUUCGGAAUAGAAUCCAUGGUCAACAAGGUCGCUACGAUGCUAAGUUACACAUCGCCGAGAUGAUAGCCUUACUCGGGCCGCCCCCUCCAGAGGUCAUACAGAGGUAUCAAUACACACGAGAGUACUCGUGGCCGGAACCCAUCAGCGGAGAAGACAACAGGCUAUGCAAGUCCGUGGAGGAGUUCUUCUGCGGACCAUUCUUUGACAGUAAUGGUCGCUUUCUCUACGAGGACCUGAUACCCGACCGGAAACUAGGCGACACGGUCUCCUUCCCUGAGGGAGAGGAGAGGGAAGAGUUUCUAGAUCUCGCCAAGGGAAUGCUUGUCUGGAAUCCAGAUACGAGGAAGAAGGCAGGCGAACUGGCGGAGCAUCCUUUUCUUCAACUAAAGAAAAAGAGCGCCUGAUCCUGCGAGGCUUGCUAGCGGAAUGACCCGGAAUCGGAUCAAGUACCGAGCAGUUCACUAACAAUAGACUAGCAACGAAAGGACUCGUUUAACCACAGGAGUUAAUCGUCCCGAAAUCAGGUAGAUCAGGUAGCGUUGUCGAAGAUGCUAUCUGACUAUCCAACUAACUGGGAAAGGGAUACAAUCUGAUAUUCUAUGCUAGAUAGAAACUCAAUCGCUUGUAAAACAUCCUUGUG